UCUGCGGCAGCAUGGACAUCCGCAACGACGCGUCGCAGCUGCAGAAGCUGGAGAACUGCUCCAUCAUCGAGGGCAGCCUGCAGAUCCUGCUCAUGUUAACCGCCGGCGCCGACGACUUUCGGGGCCUCAGCUUCCCCCGCCUGCUGAUGAUCACCGAGUACCUGCUCCUCUUCCGCGUCUACGGCCUGGAGAGCCUGCGGGAUCUCUUCCCCAACCUCUCGGUCAUCCGCGGCACCAAGCUCUUCUCCAGCUACGCCCUGGUGAUUUUCGAGAUGCCGCACCUCCGCGACGUGGGCUUGCACAGCCUGGGCCACAUCCUGCGCGGCGCCGUCCGCAUCGAGCGCAACCAGGAGCUCUGCCACCUCUCCACCAUCGACUGGGGGCUUCUGCUCCCCGACGCCGCCGAGAACACCUACAUCGUGGGGAACAAACUGGCCGAGGAGUGCGCCGACGUCUGCCCCGGCAUCCUGGACGUGGAGAAGCCCUGCGCCCAAACCAGCGUCAACGGGCAGCUGGAUUAUCGCUGCUGGACCUCCAGUUACUGCCAGAAAGUGUGCCCGUGCGGGGCGGGCUCUGCCUGCACGGCGGGGGGCGAGUGCUGCCACUCCGAGUGCUUGGUCUCCGACAACCCCCGCGACGCCUCCAAAUUCGUCAUCCACCAGCGGCAGUGCCUCUCCGAGUGCCCCUCGGGCUACACCAGGAACGAGAGCAGCAUCUUCUGCCACAAGUGCGAGGGGCUGUGCCCCAAGGAGUGCAAGGUGGGCACCAAGACCAUCGACUCCACGCGGGCGGCGCAGGAGCUGGGGGGCUGCACCCUCGUGGAGGGCAACCUCAUCCUCAACAUCCGACGGGGCUAUAACCUGGCCUCGGAGCUGCAGAGGAGCCUGGGGCUGAUCGAGACCAUCACGGGCUUCCUGAAGAUCAAGCACUCCUUUGCCCUCGUCUCCUUUGGCUUUUGGGGUGCCCCAUGCCCGCCGUCUCCAUUCUCCUGCAGGAAUUACACCCUCUACGUCCUGGACAACCAGAACCUGCAGCAGCUUUGGGACUGGAGCCACCACGUCCUCUCCAUCCCCGUGGGCAAGAUGUACUUCGCCUUCAACCCCAAGCUGUGCCUGGCCGAGAUCUACCGCAUGGAGGAGGUGACGGGCACCAAGGGGCGGCAGAACAAGGCCGAAAUCAACCCCCGCACCAACGGGGACCGGGCGUCCUGUAAAACCCAAACUUUGCGCUUCAUCUCCAACGUCACCGAGUCCGACCGACCCUUCCAGAACGUAUCGGAGUACGUGGGGCAGGACGCUUGUGGGGCGCAGAGCUGGAACGUGGUGGACGUGGACCUUCCCCUCAGCCCCGAGCAGGCGCCGGGG